AUGGAAAUGAACAGAUCCAUGAACUCCAAAAAAGCUAGGAAUCUUUUGGGUAGUGACGGAAGUCGACUGGGGGGUCAAAAAUACACCAUUGCAGACAUAGAGCGUCGUUUUCUCGACUACCAUACCGAGGAUCAUAACAUUGAUCCCCCCCGUGUUCCAACCUCACAACAGCCUCAGAGUAGAGAUGAUUGCGAUGAUGAUAGAGAUAUGGACCAUCUUAUGUCUGAUAUAAACCAAGAUCCCCACUCGCAGACAAUUUCAGACUUAUUGACGGAACAACGACAUAAUGAGGUAGACGUUGCCGGACCACAAUAUGAGCAAGAAAAAUGCAAAACAGCAUUUGUGAUUGAUACCAACUUCAUAAUAUCGCAUUUGGACAUUUUAGAUGAACUACGCCUUUCUGGACAUCAAUACGGACACGAAAUCGUGGUGCCGCGAACGGUAAUACAUGAACUAGACGGCCUCAAAAAUUCCGAUGCCAAAGUGGAUGUAACAUCAUUGCAUUUCCAACCCAUCGGCGUGCUGGCGCGCAGGGCUAAUGAUUGGAUAUACACAAAUUUAGCGAAUUUGCACUCUGCUGUCGUCGGACAGCGACUCAAUCAAAGACUAGAUCAUAGCAGUGCCAAGGAUGAUGCCAUCCUUGACUGUUGUAUUUACUUUAAAGAUGCAUUAAACCGCUUUGUUGUUCUCAUGUCAAAUGACAAAAACCUUUGCCUCAAAGCACUCGCAGAAAAGAUCCCGACAGUGUCCUAUCGGGAGGGCAUGUCAGCUGAAGUAAUAGCGAGAAAGGUUCUUGACGAAAAAGAGCAUAGUGUAGGCAGUUCUACAGGGCAUAUUGGCCCUAUUCAAUCAAAUAAUAGUGUGGACUGCUCUUCGCCCGAUAGCGAAUUCCAGAAGACGGCAGAUAAGAUCUAUCAUGAAAUUGGAGCUAUUCUUCCGUCUGCACUUGAUUAUAUCAUGAACGCGGAAUACGGCGAUGACUUGAAUUUAACAGAUUACCGGAGAGCCCAAAUAAAUAGCCUACAGUCCUGUAGUCGCUGCAUUGCAAAGUAUUGGGUUUCCACAUUCGCAAGCUAUUUUACCGGCAGUGGACUCAACAGAGAUUCGUGGCGGGAAGCAGGUAAUCACAUACUGAGGGUUCCUUCAGACAAGCGUGAGUUGGAAGAGCAUAUUAAUUUCUGGACUUGUGUUCUGCGUUGCCUUUACAAAAACAGAGAAGACACUCAGAAAUAUGCACUGAACGUUUUAUCAGAGCGGUGGUCCAGUGCCUGUAGGUCUGGACACAUGGAAAAAUGA